GAAGGACGCGGCUGCGAACGUCUCGGGCCCCCGGCCCCUGCAGGUGCGACCCGCGGUGCCCUCCGGCCCGUGGCGUCUCUGCACCUGUUUCCGGCCGGACCCUCUAAGGGGACGGACGGGGCGCCGACCCCUUCCGGUGCCGCUCGGGUCGCGCCCGGUCGGGCCGCCGGCUCCGGACCUCUUCCGGUGUCGCUCGGGGGGCCCUCCUGUCGCGAUAGGGGCCCCGUCGUGACAGUCGGCGCCGCCGUGGGGGAAGCCGCAGGGCCGGGGGCCGCGGCAACGGCCGCCGCCGCGAUGGAGCCGCCGCGCAUGCGCGCCAGAGCCGUCCACGGCCAUGGGGACUACGACUCUGAUUUUAGCGACGAAGAGCCGGCUGGAGAAUCUGGUAGAGGAAAGAAAAGGGCAAGCAGUGAAGAAUUGUUGCUCAGAAAGCCAUUUCAGAAAGAUAAAUUCGGACAGAUGCCGCACCACAAAGUUGCAGCAGUCGAGCUGGAUAGGGAAGAAGCAAGGAAUCGGAGAUUUCAUCUGUUGGCUAUGGAUGCCUAUGCAAGGCAUAGGAAGUUGGUGAACGAUUAUAUUUUGUAUUAUGGAGGCAAAAAAGAAGAUUUCCGACGCUCCGGAGAAAAUGACAAGACGGACCUGGAUGUGGUCAGAGAAAACCAUAGGUUUCUGUGGAAAGAAGAGGACGAAGUGGACAUGACUUGGGAGAAGAGGCUUGCCAAGAAAUACUAUGACAAACUAUUCAAGGAAUACUGUAUUGCUGAUCUCAGUAGAUACAAAGAUAACAAGUUUGGAUUUAGGUGGCGAGUAGAUAAAGAAGUAAUAUCCGGAAAAGGUCAGUUUUUCUGUGGCAAUAAAUACUGUGAGGCCAAAGAAGGAUUGAAGAGCUGGGAGGUGAACUUCGGUUACAUUGAGCACGGGGAAAAGAGGAACGCGCUCGUUAAACUGAGACUUUGCCAAGAGUGUUCCUUCAGAUUAAACUUUCACCACAGGAGAAAAGAAGUCAAGCCAAAAAAGCAGAGAGCCGAAACAAAUAACGAGGGGUUAUCACUUAAAAAGCCCAGACUAUCAUCUUCCAGAAAAAAGAGUUCCAAAAGGAAGGAAGACCGUGAACGCUUGCCGGCGAAGAAAUCAGAAGAGUCUGGAAAAGAUACAGACAGCAGUGACGAAGAAGAAGGACCUUCAGAAGCCGAACUUUGGAAGGGGCCCGUCCCGGAGACGGAUGAAAAAUCUCAGGAGGAAGAAUUUGAUGACUAUUUCCAAGACUUGUUUCUGUGAAACAGGAGAAAAAUGCCACGGAUUCAGGUGCUAUCUGUCGUUCCAGAUCUCCUUAGUUUAUUGCAUGAGCCUGUCUUGCAAAAUGGGAAGAUACCAGCUUUAGCCAAUCCUACUUCUGUUUCCUCUCCCUUACUGAAUAACCUUUUUUCCAUCAGUUGCUUAGUUUUUUUAAGAAAUUAUAUCUGUCGAUUGACUAUGCAGUGAUGGUUAUCUUUAUGGUACAAUAUUUGAGAAAGGAAAGAUGUAUGUCGGCAUAUCGCUGAAAGACAAUUGCAGAUAAUCUCUAAAUAAUAAAUAUACAAUUAGAAUGUUA